AACAGCACAUCACAUGACAUUCAUGUGACUCCUGAGUCAUGUGCGCAUGAGCGAAAUGGUAAAAGGUACCGAAGACGAUGGGUAGUGAUUUUCUAGAUUUUUUGGUUUUUAUAUUUUUCUUAUUCAUAUCACGGUGUUGUGCCGAUGAUUGCAAGAUAGGGGAGAUAGAUCUCAGCCCAUUACAACGGGUACCAUGGAUAGUCAAGACCGAUACUAAUGCCAGUGGCCAAGCAACAGACUAUAAGAUAAAUAUUUGUGGAGAGGUUCCAGGUUCCAGCUGUCCAGCAGGGACAUCAGUGUGUAGGACCCGUGGUCAACAGGCUGUGUCCAUUGGAAACUUGACCAGCUCUUUGGUGUACCAUGAAACCCCAACCAGAAGAGAGGUGGUUGUAAAUCUCACAGGAUCUCCAUGUGCGGAGGUGCCCGGAGAAAACUUGAAGACCUUCAUUAUCCUGAAAUGUGGAAAAACUUUGGGUUCUCCAGUUUUCCUAGACUCGCACCUCUGUGACACAUACUUUGAAUGGCAUACUACAGCUGCAUGUAAAGAUGACCAUAGCGAGAUACAGGAGCCGUGUUAUAUCUAUGACGCUAACGGCCAGAAACACGAUCUAAGUCCGCUGAUUAAGCUAAAAGGAGGACAUCAAGUCAAUAAGGCUUCCAGGACCUAUGAUUUUUAUAUCAAUAUUUGUAGAGAUAUUACCCCAGAUGAGUCCACGCAAGGCUGUAGUGGCAGCAGCAGCUGCUAUAUUGUAGAUGGGAAGGCAUAUGGAAUGGGCCGUCCUCGCGAUGGACUGAAAAUUACUGCCGAUGGGGAGUUAAUGCUGCACUAUACAAGUGAAGAAACUCCUGCGAUCUGUACACAUCCACCUUCCACUACAAUAAAUUUCAUUUGCCCAAAGAGAGGAGGGGGGAAAGAUCCUGAGUUGAUAUCAGAUGCUGACUGUAAUUACCGUGUUAACUGGGUCACCGAAGCCGCCUGCCAUGAAGAUUUCCUGACCUCAAAAUCUUGUAAACUUUCCAAAGAGCAACAUGAUGUAGACUUUGAUUUGACGCCACUGAAACAUAUUCCAACACGCCCAUACCAUGUGAAUAGCACACAGGAAGGGACUGUCUACGAUUACUACCUCAAUGUCUGUGGGGACUCUAUGGCAGUGCAGUGUCCAAACCAGACCAGUUUUACAGACAACACCCUGGGCUGUCAGGCUGUCCAUGGACUGCCAAAUACUGCACAUGUUAUUGGGAGGAAGACGCAUCAGGAGCUUAGGUACUGGGACAAUCAGCUGACCUUGACCUACAGAGGGGGUGACCCUUGCAGCAAUGGAUUCCAAAGAGAGAUGAUAAUUACAUUUACAUGUAACAAGACAGCAGGUCCUGGCUCCCCAGUGUUUAACACAGAGUCAGAGGAGAAGUGUACCUACCUAUUUGACUGGGAGACGGAGUAUGCCUGCCUGGACCACCCCACGCAGUGCCGCGCAGACUUUGGCAGCAAGAGGUUUGAUCUCUCCGUACUGAUCAGAGAAACAGGAAACAACUGGGAGGCUGUGAGAGCAGGCCACAGUGAUGAGCAGGAUGAAGCUCAGUAUUUCAUCAACAUAUGUAACGAUGUACUGAGACAAGGAGAGGCAGCACAGUGUCCAGAGCAUUCUGCUGUCUGUAUGAUCCCCAAAGAUGGGUCUGCCCAAAACCUUGGUUCAUAUGUACAAAACCCUGUCUACCAGUCAAACCAUAUAGUACUGAACUAUACUGGUGGAGACGACUGUGCCUCGGGAGGAAAGAAACACUCUAUUAUUACCUUUAUAUGUAGACCAGGUGACCUACAGAGCGCCCCUACUCUCAUCAGGAAGUCAGCAGACCUCUGUUUUUACGAAUUUGAGUGGCAAACGGCUGCAGCGUGUGCACUGGGGCGCAAGCUGGGGACUGAUUGUAAAGUUUAUGAUGAUGAUGCUGGAUUCAGCUUUGACCUGAAUAGGCUAAAGUUGACAGGAGAGAAAGCUUUCUACAACGUCUCCCAUGAUCACCACGAUUACUUCAUCAAUGUGUGCUCACCUGUUACUGGGACCAAAUGUAACCAAGGGCAACAUGCCAAUGCUGGAGUUUGUCAACAGGAGCGAGGGGAUUCAAAUAAUAGCAGGUACUGGAACCUUGGAGAACCCUCUACAAGUCUCAGCUACUAUGAUGGACUGAUAAACCUGACCUACUCCAAUGGUGACAACUACAACUCCCACCCUCCAAGACCAAGGGUCACUGAGAUUGCUUUUCUUUGUGACCUCGAUGCUGGGCGCGGGUCACCUGUAUGGGUACAAGAGACCAAUCGCUCCUAUGUGUUUGAGUGGAAAACCAAGUAUGCUUGUCCUGAUGUUCCCAUAGAGUGCGUGGCAACUGAUGAAGUUACUGGGAAACAGUACGAUUUGUCCAGCUUGGCCAAGUCCGAAAAUGGUGGAAAUUGGGUAACGGCAGAUAAGAAGAAUGAUUCCUUAACCUACAACUUCUACAUUAACCUUUGUCGGCCCCUGAAUCCAGUCAACGUAGAGAGUGGAUGUGACCCCACCGCUGCCGUUUGUAUGACAACCAUAACAAAUAGACAGGAGAAAGUUUCCAUAUCAAACAUGGGUGAGGCCAAGACCAGCCCCAGGGUCAGCCAGACCGAUGAAGGACCAGACAUAUUGAUAGAGUACCUGAAUGGAGGGCAGUGCACCUUGUCCAAUGGCACUUUGACACAGUACAGCACCAGGAUCCAUUUUAUUUGUAAGAAAGGGGAUUUGACCUCUGGCCCUAGCAGCUACCAGGUUGACAGCUGUACCUACGUAUUUCGCUGGGAGACGGAGGCUGCCUGUGACAUCAAGGAUACAGAGGGUGGCAAUGGCGAACCUUGCACGGUGAAAGAUCCCAACUCUGAGUAUGUCUUCAAUCUUCAGCCUCUCAGGAAAACAGGAGGAGAGGUGUACUUGGUUCAUGAUGCUGUUAAUAACCAAAAUUACAUGGUGAACAUCUGUGGUAACCUGAGCACCCAGGUGACCAGUUGCCGCGGCGCCGCGGCCUGUCAGGUCUCCAGUGAUAACAGCACGGGAAACAGACUGGGCCCCUACUACACCAACUCUACCCAGCUGGAGUACUCUGAUGACGGCCAGCUGAAGCUGACUUACUAUGGGGACAGAGACGUGAGCACAGGGAUGCGUACAACCACAGAAAUAACCUUCACCUGUGACAAGACAGUCCCCUUGGGGGCACCAGUGUUCUCCAAGCAAGAGGGACACAAGUACAUCUUCACCUUUCACACAUCCCUGGCCUGUCCUCCUGAGCCAGUCGAAUGCAGUGUGUACGAUCACUAUGGCAACAUGUACGACCUGAAUCCAUUGUCAAAAACAACUGGGAACUGGCAGGCAAUAGACACCAAGGAGGGCGACACGAAUAGCGUCUACUAUAUCAAUGUGUGCAGACCUAUCAACAUGGUGGCCGGCUCCAGUUGUCCAGGUGGACCUGUAGGUGGAUGUGUUGUCAAAAGCACUGGCUCCUUCAACAUGGGUUAUAUACAGAGCAAACCUGUGGUGGCAGCGGAUGGGACCGUCACGGUCAGGUACAUAGGGGGCGCCCUGUGUCACCGCGGAAAAGAAAAUCAGAAUCAUCGCAGCACAAGGAUUAUAUUUUCUUGCGCAGAAAAGGAGCAUGGUCCAGUGUUCUAUCAUAAAAUUGACUGUGAAUACUUUUUUACUUGGGAUACACCAGCAGCAUGCCCAGUCAGGAGAGAAAUUGGUGCCAGUUGUGCCGUUAGGGAUCCAGUUUAUCACUACCCAUACAACCUGAAUGGCUUGAGGAACACCACCACGCCUUAUAACGUGUCUGCAGACGGCAGCUGGUUUCUCCUCAAUGUGUGUGAUGACAUCAAGAAGGGUUCUGCGAAUUGCGAUCCUGGCAGACACGUGGGAAGCUGUCAGGUAGAGAAAGUACUGAGUGGAGUACCAGGGUCAUGGAGAAACAACUGGGAAGCUGUAAGAGCGGGCCACAGUGAUGAGCAGGAUGAAGCUCAGUAUUUCAUCAACAUAUGUAACGAUGUACUGAGACAAGGAGAGGCAGCACAGUGUCCAGAGCAUUCUGCUGUCUGUAUGAUCACCAAAGCUGGGUCUGCCCAAAACCUUGGUUCAUAUGUACAAAACCCUGUCUACCAGUCAAACCAUAUAGUACUGAACUAUACUGGUGGAGACGACUGUGCCUCGGGAGGAAAGAAACACUCUAUUAUUACCUUUAUAUGUAGACCAGGUGUGUAUGGAACAUGUAAGCUUUGUGACCUACAGAGCGCCCCUACUCUCAUCAGGAAGUCAGCAGACCUCUGUUUUUACGAAUUUGAGUGGCAAACGGCUGCAGCGUGUGCACUGGGGCGCAAGCUGGGGACUGAUUGUAAAGUUUAUGAUGAUGAUGCUGGAUUCAGCUUUGACCUGAAUAGGCUAAAGUUGACAGGAGAGAAAGCUUUCUACAACGUCUCCCAUGAUCACCACGAUUACUUCAUCAAUGUGUGCUCGCCUGUUACUGGGACCAAAUGUAACCAGGGGCAACAUGCCAACGCUGGAGUUUGUCAACAGGAGCGAGGGAGUUCAAAUAAUAGGUACUGGAACCUUGGGGAACCCUCUACAAGUCUCAGCUACUACGACGGACUGAUAAACCUGACCUACACCAACGGUGACAACUACAACUCCCACCCUCCAAGACCAAGGGUCACUGAGAUUGCCUUUCUUUGUGACCUCGAUGCUGGGCGCGGGUCACCUGUAUGGGUACAAGAGACCAAUCGUUCCUAUGUGUUUGAGUGGAAAACCAAGUAUGCUUGUCCUGAUGUUCCCAUAGAAUGCGUGGCAACUGAUGAAGUUACUGGGAAACAGUACGAUUUGUCCAGCUUGGCCAAGUCCGAAAAUGGUGGAAAUUGGGUAACGGCAGAUAAGAAGAAUGAUUCCUUAACCUACAACUUCUACCUUAACCUGUGUCGGCCCCUGAAUCCAGUCAACGUAGAGAGUGGAUGUGACCCCACUGCUGCCGUUUGCAUGACAACCAUAACAAAUAGACAGGAGAAAGUUUCCAUAUCAAACAUGGGUGAGGCCAAGACCAGCCCCAGGGUCAGCCAGACCGAUGAGGGACCAGACAUAUUGAUAGAGUACCUGAAUGGAGGGCAGUGCACCUUGUCCAAUGGCACUUUGACACAGUACAGCACCAGGAUCCAUUUUAUUUGUAAGAAAGGAGAUUUGACCUCUGGCCCUAGCAGCUACCAGGUUGACAGCUGUACCUACGUAUUUCGCUGGGAGACGGAGGCUGCCUGUGACAUCAAGGAUACAGAGGGUGGCAAUGGCGAACCUUGCACGGUGAAAGAUCCCAACUCUGAGUAUGUCUUCAAUCUUCAGCCUCUCAGGAAAACAGUAGGAGAGGUGUACUUGGUUCAUGAUGCUGUUAAUAACCAAAAUUACAUGGUGAACAUCUGUGGUAACCUGAGCACCCAGGUGACCAGCUGCCGUGGCGCUGCGGCCUGUCAGGUCUCCAGUGAUAACAGCACGGGAAACAGACUGGGUCCUUACUACACGAACUCUACCCAGCUGGAGUACUCUGAUGAUGGCCAGCUGAAGCUGACUUACUAUGGGGAUAGAGACGUGAGCACAGGGAUGCGUACAACCACAGAGAUAACCUUCACCUGUGAUAAAACAGUACCCUUGGGGGUGCCAGUGUUCUCCAAGCAAGAGGGGCACAAAUACAUCUUCACCUUUCACACAUCCCUGGCCUGUCCCCCUGAGCCGGUCGAAUGCAGUGUGUACGAUCACUAUGGCAACAUGUACGACCUGAAUCCAUUGUCAAAAACAACUGGGAACUGGCAGGCAAUAGACACCGAGGAAGGAGACACGAAUGGCGUCUACUAUAUCAAUGUUUGCAGACCUAUCAACAUGGUGUCCGGCUCCAGUUGUCCAGGUGGACCUGUAGGUGGAUGUGUUGUCAAAAGCACCGGCUCCUUCAACAUGGGAUACAUACAGAGCAAACCUGUGGUGGCAGCGGAUGGGACUGUCAUGGUCAGGUACAUAGGGGGCGCCCUGUGUCACCUCGGAAAAGAAAAUCAGAAUCAUCGCAGCACAAGGAUUAUUUUUUCUUGCGCCGAAAAGGAGCAUGGUCCAGUGUUCUCUGAUAAAUCUGACUGUGAAUACUUCUUUACUUGGGAUACACCAGCAGCAUGCCCAGUCAGGAGAGAAAUUGGUGCCAGUUGUGCCGUUAGGGAUCCAGUUUAUCACUACCCAUACAACCUGAAUGGCUUGAGGAACACCACCACGCCUUAUAACGUGUCUGCAGACGGCAGCUGGUUUCUCCUCAAUGUGUGUGAUGACAUCAAGAAGGGUUCUGCGAAUUGCGAUCCUGGCAGACACGUGGGAAGCUGUCAGGUAGAGAAAGUACUGAGUGGAGUACCAGGGUCAUGGAGUGCAGGUAUAGCCAAUGGAAAUCUCACGUAUGAAGAUGGCAUAAUGAGCCUGAAGUACACUGGAGGCGAUGGAGGUUGCCGUGGCAACCAUACCCGCUCAACCUUGAUCAGAUUUCAGUGCGAUCACUCAACGUCAGGGGUCACCAAAGGCCCUAUGUUUAUCGAAAGAACAGAUGACUGUAUGUACGUGUUUGAAUGGAGGACGUCGUAUGCGUGUGCCCUGUUCAAAGUAGUCGAGUGCAUUUACCGUGAUGCCCAGAACAACCAGUACGACCUGAGCAGUUUAACCUUGGCCAGGGGCAAUUAUAACGUCACUGAUUCGGCUUCUCCACGCAAAAAGUUCAUCAUCAAUGUCUGCUCCACUGUAGUCCAUGAAAAAAAUGUAAUGUGUCCCCAUAAGUCUGCAGCCUGCCUGAUCAAUCUGGAUGAAAGAAACUAUACAAAGAGAUUUCAUGAUCUUGGAGAGGUGACUGACCAGCCGUUCUCUAUGGUCAACAACAGACUGACCCUCACCUACACCAAUGGAGAACCAUGUGCUAUGGGUAGUGGGAAUUCUAAAACUAUCAUCACCUUUGAAUGUGACCAUGCUGCUAUUGAUACCAAUCCCGUGUACACUCUGACAGAGAACUGUGACUACCACUUUAUGUGGAGAACCAGUGCAGCGUGUCCUGUGAAUCACGGAGGAGAUACGACCAGGAAUAACUGCACUGCUGUCAACCCAGUCACAGGUUACACAUUUGACUUGAAAUCAUUGGCCAAGGACACUGGGUACAGUGUGAGAGACGCCAGUGGGCAGAGGAUGGAUAUAAACAUCUGUGCUCCUGUGAAGAAUGCUCCCGUGGGAUGUGGGGACAAUUCAGGAGCCUGUCAGACAGUCGUGACCAAUGAGAGGCACUCUUACAACAGUGGCAUAGCCAAUGCAAGGUUACAAUACGAUGAUGGAUCGUUGAUGUUAAACUAUUCCGGAGGCGAUAAAUGCCCGAAUACUGGGCUGUCCAGGAAUACGAUCAUUACCUUUGUGUGUGGGGCACAGGGGUCAGGGACGGGGACACCUCAGUAUAUUGAUGAUGUGGAUGGGUGUACAUUUUAUAUCGUGUGGCAUACAGAAUUGGCUUGUGAAACACAGGUACACUGUGCAGUGGACACUGCCCAGGGCACUAUUGACCUGUCCCCCCUCAUCAUGACCAGUGGUCACCACCUGGCCAUGAACACUGCCCCAGACUCCAAGGACCCCGGAGCCACCUUCUACAUCAACAUCUGCCGUCCUCUCAACCCUAUCCAAGGAACGCUGUGUCCAGCGGGGGCAUCUGCUUGCAGAGUGAAGACUGGAGACUCUCCUCUGGGUCUAGGGAAGUCCCGUGCCCCUCCAUCCGUGGACACGUCCUCUGGUAAGGUGACACUGAUUUAUGACCACGGUGACAAGUGCAGUUCCAAUCCAGCCAAGAACAUCAGCUCCAGGGUGAUAUUUGAGUGCCAGCAGGGCUCACAGCAGGGCCAGCCUUAUCUAGAGGAUGUGACAGACUGUGAGUAUGUAUUUGUUUGGAGAACCAACAUCAUUUGCCCAGAAGCCACUCCAGUGGUUCAUGACCAGUGUACCUUCUAUGAUAGCAAGACCAGACACACCUUUGAUUUAACAUCCCUCAGAAAGACUUCAUCAGAUCCGCAGGGCUAUUAUCAGGUUUCAGACUACAAGUUAAAUGUGUGCGGUCCUCUGUAUGGGGUCUCCAGCAGUUGCAACAGUGCAGGGGUUUGUAAGAGCGACAGCGUCGUGUUUGGUUCUGCAGCCUCCUCCACCAUCACUUAUGAAGGUGGGAUGCUAAAGCUAACAUACACCGACGGGGGAACCUGCGCCAGUAGUGGACCUGGAAAAGCAUCAUCCCAAAUUAUAUUUGAGUGUGACAGAACAGCAGGGGCAAGCCAGCCAACAUUACUGACUCAAAGUGCUUGCGAUGUUGCUUUCACAUGGAAGACUCCCUUGGCCUGUCCUCCUGUGACAGAAGAGUGCUUUCUGUCUCAUGGUGGCAAUUUGUACGAUCUGCGCCUUCUGUCCAGAGAAACUGGAAGUUGGAAAGUUGAGGAUGCUGAUGGAAAUAUGUACUGGAUUAAUGUAUGUCAGGGGAUUCACAGCGGGCAUGAACAGUGUCCGUCAGAUGCUGCAGUCUGUAUAAAACAGAAAGACGGAACGGUCAACUCAUUAGGCUCGGUAAUAACACAGCAACUCACAAUGGAGGGGGAUGACAACGUUUUAGUACUGAAAUACACCGCCGGGGGUAAUGCUUGUGGCCAUGGCAACCCUUCAGCUUCUACAGUUAUUAAAUUCGAGUGCAGUAACACAGUUGGAGGACCAGUUUUUAUACCAAGCCAAGACCAGACAGGCAAAUGUGAGUUUAAUUUCCUCUGGAAAACCUCCAUUGCCUGCAAGGAGGAAGUGGAGAGUCUGAAAAAUGAGAAUGGCAUACUCCAGGACCCUAAGACACAAGGUGUGAUAGACCUGAGAAAUAUCUCUCAAAAAUAUCAUUAUGCAGAUGAGCUGCGUGGCUCCGACCACUACAGAUACCUCAUAGACCUGGGCUCUGGAGAGGCCGUCUCUGAUGUGCCAGAAUGCAAAGGUGCUGCCAUCUGUCAGACGAAAGUGGGGGCGCAAUUCUACAGACAUUUAGGCACCAUGAACAGCAGCAAGUUCUACUUAGAAGAUAAUGUGUUGGAGAUGAUAAUGGAGUCUCCCAGUGCCUGUGGUAAGGAUAACACGAAGACAGUGCGCACUAUCAUAGACUUCUAUUGUACUGAGGAGUGGGGAGAACCUGCAUUUGACUUUGAGUCCCACUCCUGUGAAUAUCUCUUUGAUUGGGGCACCCCAGCAGCAUGUGUGCAGUUUGACAUCCAUAAUCCAAGCCCAGUGCCCCAUGACCAUGACAGCGGCUCAGGGGGUCACACUGGGCCAACCCAGGGGGGACCACCUAGUGCCUCAACCAUUGCUGCCAUUAUAUCUACAUUCAUGGGGGUCAUAUUACUAUGUCUGUUAGUCAUAUACUUCCAUAAGGAAGAAAGAAGAGAGUCAGUUUAUAAUGUGUUGGAGAUGAUAAUGGAGUCUCCCAGUGCCUGUGGUAAGGAUAACACGAAGACAGUGCGCACUAUCAUAGACUUCUAUUGUACUGAGGAGUGGGGAGAACCUGCAUUUGACUUUGAGUCCCACUCCUGUGAAUAUCUCUUUGAUUGGGGCACCCCAGCAGCAUGUGUGCAGUUUGACAUCCAUAAUCCAAGCCCAGUGCCCCAUGACCAUGACAGCGGCUCAGGGGGUCACACUGGGCCAACCCAGGGGGGACCACCUAGUGCCUCAACCAUUGCUGCCAUUAUAUCUACAUUCAUGGGGGUCAUAUUACUAUGUCUGUUAGUCAUAUACUUCCAUAAGGAAGAAAGAAGAAACUCAUUUAAAACUAGAGUGAAGAUCUGUUUUGGAAGGUCAUCGGUUCCAAAUUAUCAAUAUUCAGUUUUAAAUCAAGGGGACGAUGACUUGUUUGAAGAGCUUGUCAGAGAUAUAUCCGAGGCAGGAGAGGAGGAAGUGAACAUAAUGAGGUCAGCGUCGCGGAAAAAGAAAUAUGACGAGGAACUUUUGACUGACCCAAGUAUUGUACAGACAAGUUUCCAUGACGACAGUGACGAUGAAAUUUUGACAUGAAAACAGUUCAUCUGUUAUCUCUACAUUCAUGUACAUGUUAUUAAAAUACACAGAGGUAGACACAGACUUAUUUUAUAAAGAGGAGUGGAACAGACCCACAUAUAGAGGAGAGGCCACUGUAUCAGGAUUUGCCUAUUUAUUUCUAGAACAAAAAAAAAAAAAAAAAAAAGGUGGCCCAUGCCUCUACACAUUCCCUUUCAUAUCUGCUUCUGUGAUAAUGCUGCGGUGCUAUGUAGUAUAUUAAUGGGGUGAUGCCUGUUACAGUUUUGUCAUAACUGGAGUGCCGGAUGGAUCUUUAUGUCCCAUGUAUGCUACAGUGUGGUGACAGUGAAGUGUGUGUACAUACGAAAUGUGGCUGUACAGACUAGGUUGAUAAUGGUUAUGAUAAUGAUUAUUUAAAAAAUGAAUGACCAGAAGGUUGAAGAUUUUACAAAAAAAAAAAAUCUUGAAUGCACACAAUUUGAUAUCACUACUGUUAGGUCUGGUUUAAAAAAUAACUAAAAACUUCAGAUAAAUCAGAUAUCUUCCAGCACAGCCUUGGACAACAAAAUCACUGGUUCAUAGUUCUGAGAAAUAUUUUGGAAUCUUUUGUAACUUGUUACUGUAGUAGAUAAAAACAAUAACACUCACAAACACAAUGGGCAGUAGGCCUUUUUAUAUAUCAAAAAUAAUUUCAGAUAUUCUAAUAUUUGAACCUCUCUUAUAAUGGAGAUUAGGAGUGAACUAUUUCACUGUUAUGUCAAAAAUGGUUAUGCGGUACCUGCAAAACAGUAUAUAAAAUAAAUUAAUGAUGGUAAUUUUUUAACAGUUUUGGAUAUUAGAUUUAGUAAUAAUUAUUGGGAAAUUGAAAAAAAAAAUUAGGUAUUUAAUGAAAAGUUCCAAUUGGCAUUGUAUGGGAUAAAUAUAGUCUAACCGAGUUGUUGACAACCCUGGUGGUUAAUCGGCUUGUUUGCAUAAUGGUUUAUGUUGACACCCAGAACUGGUUCAAGUUGAAUUUAGUGGACCUGUCUUAAGAUUUCUCAUUGUGAACUGAUACAGAGGGAUCUCUUUUUUUUUUUUUUUGCAAACUUUCCCAAAACGUCCAUCAGGAACUGGACAUAAUGUGUCAUGGCAAAAUUCUGUCACUUUUUAGUAGAACAUUGGGGAAGGUGAUUUGAUUCUAUCUCUUCUCUGAGAUAAAAUAGCGAAAGGAUAGACUCUGUGUAAUUAACUUUUAAAUUGUGGAUAGUUCUUGCCUAAUUCUUCAGUUUUUUGUUGAAUAACCCCAAAAAUGUUAUUUUAAACCAUUACGUGGAAUUAUUCUGUUUAAGUGAACUAUUGCAAAACUUUCCUAGUAAAUUAUUGAUUUUGUGAAGUAUUGUGGUCUAAAAGCGGAGACCAAAUUUGGGGGCAAAGUUCUUUUUAUAGAAAGCCCCCCUGAAGUAUUUGACAUAUAACAGUAUAUGUCAUGUUACUCAAUACUCCUAUUGUUUUGUUGCUUAUGAUGUUGUAGAACUCGUGUUUGAAAAUGUUUGGUAAGAUAGGUGUAGACGUUUAUUAAACACUCACUUAUGAUGGACAUUGGUAAUAAUUACUGAGUAAUUUGUCAUGUGCCUUAUACUGUCCAUCUGCGCAGUUAUAGUAAUUGCUCACAGAUUUCUAACUUCUUUUUUGACUUAGGAUUUCAUGAUUUCAAGACAUUUUAAUGUUUGACUAACUGCUCCCUCUCCCCCUGCAAA